AUGGCUUCUCGCAUUGGGGCUUGUCCCGAAAGCAGAAUGGCAAAAUGCUGCCAGCCGUCACAUCUCGGAAAGGCCCCUUCGCCCACCGAAUCACGUUCCCCGGCAGAUGCAAAUAUCCUCGCGGGUGGCGGACGUGUGUCUCAGGUAAGGUGGGAGGAAACGAUUGAGGUGGAUUUGACAUCAAUCACCCAGAGACGGAAAGUCCGAGAGGCGAAAAGAGAGAGCGAGAGGGAGAGGUUGGGAAAAGCUUCCAGAGUUGGGUCUACGGUAUAUUUGUUUGCCGAGGCACUAGCUCGUAUGGAAACACAACAUCACUCGCUUAUUUUGGUCACUGGGAUACGGAACCAGGAGAGGAGCACAACCUCGGGGAAUCUGGUGGAGAGUGGACUGGAGUGGACUGGACUGGAGUGGGGUACAGAUCGAUUUCCCAACCGGGACCUUUGGUAUCUCACAUCUCAGAUCUCAUACCGCUAG